AUGGACCAGGUGAAGGAGCUGCUAGAGUUGAUCACCGCGCACAAGGAGGCGGGGUCCUUCAUCUUCUUUGCCCAGCCCCAGCGACGGAAGGUAGUCGAGAUACCCUCAACCGAGGAUGAUGCACCAGCAGUCGUGUCUGCGAGAGCUGCUGAGGCAGACCCGUCAUCCUCUCCUGCAAACGACAUAACCAUCACCGUGGCAGGCGCUGCAUCGGGGCAGCUCGCGCCCUCGACUGAAGCAGCUCCGCCGCCAGCAGUGAGUUCCGUGGCCAUCGCCACGCCAGCGCUGCCAGCCCCCUCGACUUGUAUACCUGCACCUCCAGCCGCAAGCGCCGUGGUGAAGAGGCCAUUGAAACUGGAGUUGAGGAAACCAACGAUAAUCCGAUCCCAAGUAUCAGCAGCAGCGGUGACGCUGGACGAGCCAGAACUCGAGUUGGCUCCUCCAGCCCCCGAGCCCUUGCCCGAGCAAGUCAACGCACCGGAGCCAGCAGAGGGAGCAGAUGUGGCCCUGCCUGACUCACCGCCGCCCGAGCUCCAGCGCGCGGAACUCGAAACCACUGGCGAUGAGCAAGUCGAAACCGCCGUUACCGUACCCGCCGAGGUUGCAGAGACCACGCAGCCAUCAGUCUUGGAGGGUGCGGGUACUCCUGGCGAAGCAACCGUGCUGCCAACCCCUGGAGGAGAGAUCGACGACACACUCCAAGUGAUGCGCCUCCCGAGGGACGACCUAAGCCGCGUGCGGCAGAUGAUCAAGGCGAUCGAUAAGUUUGCCCUGGAUAUGAGCCAGAAAGCUGAUGAGCGGGCUGUGAAGCUGGAAGAGUCCGCCAAGCAUAUUGACGAGCUAAUGCAGGAGCGGGCCGGCUUCGAGCAGACCAUCACCGAGCUCCAAGGCCGACUCAAGGAGCAGCGAAAAUCCCAUCAAAUGAAGUCGAGAGUCUGUGGAAGGUGAUGGCCAACACAGAGAAACAGUUCGUCGACUGCCUUCAGCAGAUCAAGACUCUAGGCGAGGAGAAGGAGCGGCGCCAGAAGGAACUCGACGACUUAAAGGCAGCAGCCUAGGAACUCGUGGAGAUGGUGGACCCUUGGGAAGACGGCGCUGAAAAUGAGCCACCGCUGCUGGAUCAACUUCGCGGGGCACUGCAAAAGAUCCUCAACUUCGUCACCGAGGCCGCCACAACAUACGUGGGUCAUGCUUUAGGCCUUGUGAAGUCCUUCUGGCCAAAGGCUCGGCUAGAAGUACUCGCAGGGGCACAGCUGCUGAUUGUACUGAUGAAAACUUUCGCGAGCACUUGCUAGAGGUCCGGCCAGUAGCUGAAAAUAUUGUAGAAAACAUGGUCCAAGAUUGAACCGUUAGUGUUUAUGACGUUUGUAAUAUAAGAAACCACCUUAGUCCUCCUGUGGCCUUAUAUGAAGUCUGAGAGCCCCGUCUGCUCUGUAGUGGGGACAUGCUACCUCUGAGUGUAGCGACUCAGAAAGUAGUCGAUAUAGCUCGUGAGCUCAUCGGGUAGGCUAGAUAAGAUCCGACCGAGGGGACCCAACAUGCUCGGAACGCGCGGUUUGUGGCGCGACGACUA